CACUUUACCCUAACCCUCCAAAUAAAAAUCCGACCUUUCCAAUUUUCCCAUCUUCUUCCUUCCUCCUUCACCAGUGCUGACCACGAGAAAAUGGUCGACGAUGGCGAGACUUCCACGACGGCGUCGUGCAGUCGCCGCCAGCGUUUAUCUUCUUUGUCUUGUUCUCGCAACGUUUCUAUCCUUUUCGACGAGUUUCAGCGGUAGUCCACUCUCGGAUUGGUCUCAAUUCACUUUACCCCCUAUCAUAGCAUGCGUUUCUGCAAGUUUGAACACUUUCGAACACCAACCAUCUUAUCAGAGUCCAUUUGGUUUUGGACUAAUUCGGAGUUAUCCAUUAUAGUUCAUGGUAGAUUUUAGGACAAAAUUUGCAAGAAGGAUUGCCAAUUCCAGUCUUUGGUGUUGCCUGUGAAAACUGAAUCUGAUAAAAGUCCUUGAAAUUCCCAGUAGAGAAAUGAAUAGCUUUUCACAUCAGAAUCGGAUGUAGUAUUGUUCGAUCAAGGGACUUUUGAGCUUGCCCACAAACUAUUUGAUAUUUUGUUCCACAGAGUUUAGGAGUUUAAAAUGAAUGGAAAAUCUAUGUUCCUACGCCUAAAUCGAUACCCCAACUCUUACCCAAUUUCUGAAACACAUGUUUUUGAUCAUAAGAAGUCGGCUUUUCUAUGGGUUUUGAUGAGGCACAAAUCUAGCGGUGGAAUGAGACCAAAGAGAAAAAUCUAUUAUAGAGUUGCUGAACUGGACAAAGUUAUGGACUUGCAAAAAAAGCCAUCCCUUAUACUAAAGCUUAUUAACAUUAUCCAAUCUCAAAAGAACAAAUUUAUAUUAUUGAGGGACCUCGAGAAAGAAGUAGGAUUUGUCCAAAAAUGGAACUUCAUGGCUGUUAUUGAGAAGUACUCUUCGAUCUUCUAUGUUGGUUCUGGAAGUAGUAGAGUGCCCCCUUAUGUUAGGCUCUCCAAUAAAGCUGAAAUGAUUGCUAGUGAAGAAGAUAAGGUAAAGAGUGCAAUGGAACCAAUCUUAGUAAAGAAUUUGAGGAAGCUGUUGAUGCUGUCUGUUGAUUGUCGAGUACCGCUCGAGAAUAUAGAAUUCAUUGCAUCUGAAUUGGGUUUGCCUUGUGACUUCAAAACUUCAUUGAUUCCUAAGUACCCUGAAUUCUUUUCAGUGAAGGAAGUUGAUGGGAAAGCUCAUCUACAUUUGGAAAAUUGGGAUUCUUCACUUGCAAUUUGUGCUCGAGAGGAUAGAUUUGCUAAAGCUAGAGAUUUAUCUUCUUGUGGAUAUGGAAAAAGAGUUAGAAUCUCAAAAGAUGGCAACUUUUCUGGUCCUUUUGCAUUCAAGAUGUGUUUUCCUUCAGGCUUUAGGCCAAACACGAGUUACCUUGAACAUCUUGAAAGGUGGCAGAAAAUGGAUUUUCCUUCCCCGUACUUGAACGCAAGGAGAUUUGAUGUAGCUGAUCCGAAGACAAGAAAGAGAGUGGUCGCAGUUCUUCACGAGUUUCUAAGUUUGACAAUGGAAAAAAGAAUGACUUCAACACAAUUGGAUGCGUUUCAUAGGGAGUUUCUUCUACCAUCUAAACUAUUGCUUUGCUUAGUAAAGCAUCAGGGAAUCUUCUACAUCACUAAUAAAGGUGCAAGGAGUACCGUAUUUCUGAAAGAAGGCUAUGAAGGGUCAAUUUUGGUUGAUAAAUGUCCUUUGCUGUUGCACUCUGAUAGAUUUCUUUCACUCUGUGGUAGGAGGGACAUGAGUUGCAAUUCACACCAAGUUAGUUUAUAAUCACAUAUUUAUUGGAAAAAAAUGCAUGAAAAGUUAAAGGAAAGCUUAAUCCUCGUUGGAUUUCCCAAGAUAUGAAAGUAUUGAAGGUCGUUGUUGUAGUUUGCUGUCUUCAUACACCAGUUAAAAGAAGGAUGUAAAGAGGAAAUAGCAAGGUAUUCUCGUAAGUAAGUUUACCGGGUAACUGUUGGGGUUGGUGUAUACAUUAUAAUAUUUUUGGCAAAGAUAGGAGUUGAGUUGGGAUUCCUGUACAUCUGAAGAUGUUUGACAUAAUUUAGAUUUCACAAAAUCUUCUUAAAAACUCCUUUGAUUAGCUAAAGUGAAUUUGUCUCAAACGAUAAUUAUCUUAAGUUAAGAUCUUCCUUUGGUGCUUAGCUCAUUGAAGUUUGAAUGAAUAGCCAUGAGCGACUUCAAAAACAAUGUGUGAAUCGGUGUAUUUUCCCCUUGGACUGCCCUUAUGUUGCUAUGAUGAAGGAUCCUUGACCACUUAUUCUUUCA